AUGCCACCAAUUCGUCAAACUCAAGCAUACAGCACCAAAACAGUGUUUGACAAGCAAUCCAUUCAAUUCUUGAGUAAACAUUUGAAACAAGCAUUACAAAAGAAAGAUAUCGUUUUCUAUCAGGCACCUCCAGGCGUCAGAAGAACAUUCAAUUGGAUGUACAUUUCAGCAGGUGUUCAGCUUAUGUUCUGGGGAAACCUAGCAAGCUUAGCUUAUGUCGCCUAUGCAGUCAAGGAUGGUGAUACAGAAGAUGCCCCGGUCGUGUUGGCACCACAAGGAAAACGCAUAGCUAUUGCAGGUGGGUUGGUUGGUGUAGGUGUUGCUAUUGCAACUGUUAUGUGCCUUUAUCCAUGGAGAUACAUUGAUAAACUCGUCUUGUUAAAAGGAGGAACAACAGCUAGACUUAUGACUCAUGCUCGUUUUGCUAAAUCACACCAGGUGAAAGAAUAUCCUAUCGAUCAACUCUACUGUAAGCAAAAAGUAUUCACUGGUGUUGGUAAAAAUGGCACAGAUGCCAUAGGAACUAAAUCCAGCUCAUCACAUAUAUUUUUGAAUGCCAAAGGAGAAAAAAUGGCAUAUAUGCUAGAUAGAAAGGGAACCUUUAUGGAUAGUAAACUAUUCGAUGGAUUAUGGUACAACAAUCAUCAAUAG